CCGGCCGGAGGCCCGUCAGUUCUGUUGUAAUUUCCUCUUGCUUCACACUCUGCUGACAGUGUCUGGUUUGAUACAAAACAAAACAAACAAAUAAACAAAAAAACAUCAAAGUGUGAAACUCCCGGCGAGUUGACUGAGCGCAUCAUCAGCGUGUGUUUGUGUGGAUGAUGCUGGAGGACUGACAGACGCGCGUUAACUUGCUGGAGUGCGGCCCUGGGCUUCCUGCUGAGAUCUUCUUCAUCACUUUAAGCAGUCGUCUGAGGAUGUGUCUGCUUUCUUUAUCAUUCACUGCUCUUCAUGGCUGUUUCAGGUAGGAAGUUGCGUAGAGGGACGUCACUGAGGAGUGAUGCCUGUUGAAAGUGGAAACAGCACAGCCGCCCGUCAAGUCAAACAGAAGCGCAAGUCGCACAGUCUCUCCAUUAGGAGGACCAACAGCACCGAGCAGGACAGACCAGGCAUGCAGAGAGACUUGCUGGAGGGACAGGACUCCAAGUUGCCGAUGGCCUUAAGGAGUAACUUACUGGACCUGUUCGGACAGAUUGAACGGGAGUUUGAAAAUCUCUACAUUGAAAACUUAGAAUUGCGGAGAGAGAUUGAUUCGCUAAACGAUCGUUUGGCUGGAGAAGGACAGACAGUGGAUGGUGGUGAUCUGAGCAAAGGAGCCCUGAAAACAAAAGCUAGUCACAGCACAAGUCAGCUGUCCCAGAAGCUGAAGACGACAUACAAGGCCUCCACUAGCAAGAUUGUGUCCAGUUUCAAAGCCACCACAUCUCGUGCAGUGUGUCAGCUGGUCAAGGAGUAUGUGGGACACCGGGAUGGGAUAUGGGACCUGGCCGUGACUCGGGUUCAGCCGCUGGUUCUAGGCACAGCUUCAGCCGAUCACUGCUCCAUGCUGUGGAGUAUCGAGACUGGAAAGUGCCUGCUUAAAUAUGCUGGUCACGCCGGAUCAGUCAACUCCAUUAAGUUCCACCCCACAGAGCAGAUGGCACUUACAGCGUCCGGGGACCAGACGGCACACAUCUGGCGUUACAUGGUACAGCUGCCGCUUCCCCAGCCCCCAGCAGACACCAGCGCCUCGCUGGACGAUGACGUGGACUUCUCUGAUAAAGACGAGGCCGACGGGGAGGCAGAUGGGCCCAGUGAAUGCCCCACUAUCCGUGUGCCCACCACGACCUUGAAGAGCCACCAGGGGGUGGUGAUAGCAGCUGAUUGGCUGGUGGGAGGAAAGCAGGUGGUCACUGCAUCCUGGGAUAGAGCUGCCAACCUCUAUGAUGUAGAAACCUCUGAGCUGGUGCACGCGCUCACCGGUCACGAUCAAGAGCUGACCCACUGCUGUACUCAUCCCACCCAGCGUCUGGUGGUCACCUCAUCCAGGGACACCACCUUCCGCCUGUGGGACUUCAGAGAUCCCUCCAUCCACUCAGUGAAUGUCUUCCAGGGCCACACUGACACCGUGACGUCAGCCGUGUUCACCGUGGGGGACAAUGUGGUGUCGGGAAGUGACGAUCGCACUGUCAAGGUGUGGGACUUGAAGAACAUGAGAUCUCCGAUUGCUACCAUCCGCACCGACUCAGCCGUUAAUAGGAUAAGUGUCUCGGCGAACCAAAGAAUCAUCGCUCUGCCACAUGACAACAGGCAGGUCAGGCUGUUCGACAUGAGCGGCGUCCGUCUGGCCCGUCUCCCACGGAGCAACAGACAGGGCCAUCGGCGCAUGGUGUGCUGCUCUGCCUGGAACGAGGAGAACCAAGCUUGUAAUCUGUUCACCUGCGGCUUCGACCGCCAGGCCAUCGGCUGGAACAUCAACAUCCCUGCCCUGCUGCAGGAGAAGUGACACGCUCACGGUUCAGUUUUACACAUAUACAAGCUUAACACGUUCGUCAGUGCCACACCUGCAUUAGAUUUUAAUAGAACACAUUCACGUUGCGUGUGAUAAGACUCAGUUUUUCAUCCCAGUUGGCGUCUGUGGUCGCUGGCCCGCGGUCAUCAUCCUGUCAUGCCUUCUGACGUGUGUGGAAAACUCAAUUUGAUGGAUAUUUUGCAUAUCUAGCCCUGCGGUGUCUUCUCUGAGGUCAUAUAGUGUGGUGAACUUCCUCCCAGUCUUGUUACCCAGUUUUUACAUGUCUGCAUGAUUCAAACUGAGACUCGUCAGUUCUGUGAGGCUGGGACAUUGCUGAAACGUUCAUUCAUGGCCUUCCGCUGUUACAUUCAAGUCAUUUUUCACUUUAGUGCUGUUUUUGUCGUGCUAUGGUGGCUUUGUAAAGAUGACUUUUUAUUUUACGUUAGCA